AUGACGUCCAUGUCAAUAGCCGAUCCCGAUGUCACCAGCUUGGAAGAUGUGCAAAGAGAGCUGGAUGCAAUCAAGGCUGAGCGCAGACGCCGACAGCGAGCGCUGUACGAUGGAACCCUAGCUGGGGCUUCUCGUGUGACGACAAAAAUGCCGGCUACCUCCUCCAAGGUUCGAUUCCCCGCCGCGGCGCGCACUGUAAUAUGGGCAAACGCGCUCCACCGAAAAGAAAAGGGGGAGGAGGGAAUGCUGCCCUACGAACCAGAGGCUUGCGCCCCUUUUCAGCUGCUGACGAUGGCCUACGUGCCCUGGUCGGACGGGCGCCUCGGUCCUUCCCCGGGCCACUUCAUGGGCAGCCCCGUCGAAGCGCUCGAUUUGAGCCCGUGGGAUAUAUCAUUCGCAGGGCAAAUAGACGCCUUAUGGAGGGCAAACAGGUGCCUUCGGACGCUAAAGCUAUCCGGGAGGAAUUUGGGGCCUAACCAAGAGGAGGUUCUGCAGGCCCUGUCCCGGGUGGGUGAGCAGCUUACAAGCCUCGAGAUCACCAACUGCUCUGGCGUGACACCGGGCGCGCUGGGGAUCCUUCUACACGGAGUCGGCCGGCAGCUUGUCACUCUGGACCUCUCUGGGUGUCUGGACAUGGGGGACGAUCACGUUGCCGAAGUGACCCGCGGUUGCCCGGCUUUGUUGAGCCUUGACCUGUCUUCAUGCAUGGGACUCACAGACCAAGGUCUGUCUGCGGCCACGUCCAAGGACGGACUCUCGUGCCUGAAACGGCUGCUUGUCUCAGAUUGUCCGGGUGUUGGGGACCUUGGUCUUCGAGCAGUCCUGGAUGGGUGUGCCGCUCUCCAAGAACUCUCAGCGGGUGGCUGCGACCGGGUUACGGGGAGGGUCUUCCUUGGAGAAAUGUUCGCAGGCGGGGUGGCAACUGCCCCAGUGCGCGGCCUCAAGCUGCUAGAGCUUCCUGAUUGCCAGCAGUUACACCCGUCGGCGUUGGAGUGGAUAGCCGCGGGAUGUUCGGACCUCCGCUCUCUCGUUGUUUCGGGAUGCAUGUCGACAAACCCAGAGGGUGUUGAACUUCUGGCUGCAAGUCGCCCAGACCUGCUCCGACUAGGCUUGGCGGGAUGCGUGGGACUCGGCGGGUCGACUGCGCUUUCGUUCGUUGCUGACCGAAGUGGUCGGUACCUCCAACACUUAGAUAUCUCCGACAUUCCAGCAACAGCAGCUUCUGUCGUGGGGAAGUUUCUCAGGAACUGCGGGAAGCUAGAGUUUGUCGAUCUCAGCGGGCUCGUAAAAGUGGACGAAUCCUCGUUUCAUGGUCUGGGGGGAGGGGGUGGAAAAUCUGUUGAUGGUGAUGGUGACACGAGUGUUGCCGACCCUCGCGGCCGGACAGACCAGGCCAAGCACAACAGCUCCGCGGAAAUGGGCAUCAACCCUGCAAGGGAACUAAACGGCAAGGGGUCCAUGACUAGCGAGGCCCCUGCUCUGCCGCACCUACGGGCGGCGCGUAUGCUCCGACUCCCGGGCCUCGACAACGCCUCCGUGGUACGAUUUGCGAACGCCUGUCCCUCCCUUGAGGAACUCCUCCUGUCCGACAGCCGAAUGGUCACGGGCGCAUGCUUGGCGCCCUUGGCUUCCCUCUGCCCCCUGCUACGAUCGCUGGGGCUGGAUCGCUGCAGCGCCGCCUCCGACGAGCCUGCCCUAGCUGACGCUUGCAGGCGCCUCCCGGGUCUGGAACGCCUAGCUGUCGCGAUGGGGGACGGGAAUCGCAGCCGAUUCAUGACGGAUGCUGAUCACCCUGGCAAUAGCGGGCACGCCCGUGGCGGCGGUCGCAGUGGUGGGAGUAGCGGGCAGCACAACACGCCGCACGCACCGUCGAGGCGAGCUCCUUACGGCGGCCUGCUAGACUGUUCGGUUUCUUCAUCUACGGUCUUUUCUUCUUCUUCGGCUGCCGGUACGAGGACUAUGCGGGGCAGCAACCUGGCAUUUACAGGAGGUGUUCUGCUCGAGGCGGCGUCGCGCCACUGCCCCCGAUUGACGACGCUCGGACUGGAGGGCCAUGAACAGCUCAAUUUCUCGUCGGAGCAUUCCCCUGCCGAGGCGUUCCCUUGCCUAACAGAGCUGAGACUGGUGGGUUGUACGGCCGUAAACGACACCGGCUUGGUAGCGCUCUUGAAAGCAUGCCCCCGUGUUCGGUCGCUGUCCCUCAUAGGCUCUGGAGUCACCCAGGACGCCCUCGUGAAGCAUUCGGCAUCAUCGGUAAUGGUGAGCCAAUCAAUCGCGGAGGUGUUGCCUCCUGUGCCAUUCUCCUCCGCGUUGGCAGACGGAGAUUCUCGUUUUACGGCGACUUCCUCCCGUCGCACACGUACGGCGGAAUCGACCGGGUCACCGGCGCAAUUUGUCACCGCUCCUCCGACACCGCCACCCCCCAAGCAAGGUUACCGGCAGCUUCAAACCAUGGAAAGCAGCACAUCGAUGCAACAGGCAUCCGACCUGGCAGGGGGUAGCUGCACUAGCAGCAGCCAGAGUAAGCACAGGGUGGGGCAGGAGAAUGGUGGAAGCGCACUGGCUGCGGGGUUAAGGCCGGCCCCGCACCACAAGCUGCACCUGGCUGCGGCGGCGGUGGUUUCGAGGUUUGACGAAGAGCAGCGGGCACUAGAAACCCUCGGGCGCGCCCUCCGGCACUUCAGAGACCGUCGGGCUCGUGCGCUCAUGUCAAGCGCGAGGAAGAUUUGUCGACGGAUGCUGGCGUAUAGAUUCAAGAGCAACACCGGUCGGCCGGACAAGAUGCGCUUGGAGCUGGCGAAAAAAGCGGCGAAAUCGAUCCAGGGGUUGGUCCGAGAGCACCACUCGCGUAAGCGAGACGCCCACGCCGCCAAGAUUCAAUCGCUGUGGAGACGGUACACAGCACGGUAG